UUGAAGCUUGUGACACCUUUACUUCGUAGAUUUGUUGAAGGUUUUUUUUCCAGUGGACCAUCAUCGGACUGUGGAGCAACUGGUCGUCGAGUUGUUGAGUGUGAUGAUGUCACGUUUACAUUCCGUAACUCGGCCAUUUCCAACAAUGGCACCGAUGUGAAUGUUGGGCAAAUACCAGAGCUCUACUACCAGGUGGUCUCCUCUUCUGGUGAUGGUGUGACCAACGAGGACGAAAAACCCGAGGAUUAUGCUAACUCUCGAUUAUUCUCGUCCACGUCAAUGGACACGGUAUCCCCGAGUGCGUUUCUUGCUCUUCUACGUGUACUGGACUGGGCCCUGGCGCGGGUUUUUGAAUCACAAUGUGAAGUUGAUCAACGGUUGUGGUAUACUGAAAGAGCAGCGGCUACUGCGCUUAUUGUCAUGCGGAUAUUGAGUCGUUAUGUCCUACUAGUCUAUCGUCCGACUGGAGAUACCGAGGAACCGUCAUCUUCCUUUGCCGAUACUAUAGUCCUUCUUCACACGGCUCUUCUGACUAUGUUUGAUCGGUCGAGUGACUGUGUCCAGGAAGAGAAUUUCGCUCUCACAAUCGUGCUGAGCGAGGCGAUUGGUCUGUUUGUCGGAAUCUCAUCGUGCUUCAUGCCUUCUCUCCACCUUCUUCUUUGCCAUCUGGCCCUGGCCAUCUCCAGCCCGGUCGGCCACCCUUUGAUUGCUGCUGUGAUCGGAAGCAUCGCGAAAAGGGAUACGCUGAUCGACGUUUUUCUUCACAGAACCGAUUUUGUUAGAUUUCCGCAAUUAUCGAAACAGUUAGGCGAGCACUUCACUAUGGACAACCAGAGGGUGGAGACGCUAACGGCGCUGCCGAAUGUUCUGCGAUUUUUGUACGAAAAGUCGUUUUUCGAAACAAAUGACCCCUGGAACGUGGCGACCAUCGCUCAGGAUAUUGUCGUGAAGAUGUCGAAAGAACUUGCCAUCCCAGAUGUACAUAAAUCGCUUGCCAGCACCAUUGUACAGUCAUCUAUCAGGUUCCGACGGCGGAGUGCUGUUUGCGCAUGGGACAUGUCCGAGGGCGCAACGGACGCGAUCUGUAUCAAAGUCGAUGGUGGACGUAUCGCUCUUCGAGGGGUUGGUGUCUAUCUUCACGCAGAACAAGUGAGGCGGGUAUGGCAGUGCGAGAUUUAUGUGCUACGCGAAGGUGAUCAGUUCUCCCUGUUGGCAAAAACUUCAUGUGAGUUGAACAGCGGUGGUACGGCGGACACUGGCGUUAUUCUCUUGCCGGAAUCGAUCACGCUGGCUGCAGGGGUUACCUAUGCUAUCAAGGUAUGGACGCCGGAGAACGGGAAGACCUACUGUGGGGAAGGAGGCGUUAACUAUAUCCGCUUGAACAACGGCGCUCGAGUCACAUUCUCGUCGUGUUCGCUGAGUGAGAAUGGCACUUCAUUGCAACGUGGACAAAUACCAUACUUCCUGUAUUCUGUAGUGGAAACGGAGAAAUCAGAGAAUACAGAGCUGAAAGAAGAGGUGCAUAAGUCGUACGUAUUGCUUCUACGGCUUUUGUCCAACAAAAUCGGGGCGUUUCUCGUGAAUGGUCAUAUCCCACAAUGUGCCAAGUCGCUGAUUUCACGAAUAUCCGGGCACGUAAUGGUUUUUAUGGAGCUCUACCCUAACAAGGCAAUGGAGAUAGCUUGUGUUCUCGAGCAGCUGAUACCGAUGGUGUCAAGUGUGAACGGCACCGUGAAAACUAGCACUCUCAGCCAGUCAUUUGAUCAAAACUCCGAAGUCUGUGAAGCGAAGACCACCCAAGUCACGGUCGAGAGUCCACAUCCAUAUAAGACAAACAACGUUCACUCAGUGGUGAGUAGAGUUCUGGUUCGUCAUCGAUGUUCUCUUCCCCAUUUCAGAGCACUCUGCUGA